UAACCAACCGAGAUUUUGAGACGUACCUCUCCCGUUUCGCAAACGAGUUAUAGUCUUUCUCAAAACCCUUGGUUGCCACUAGCUGUGCUCCAUGACGACGUCACAAUGUUGAGAAGACCCUCAAUCGCGAUCCGACGGUAUACGAGCACAAGAUGAAUGGUGAUGCGGGCCUCGUGGGAUGCUUGGUCGAAAGACUUACAACUAGGCUUCCGUACCGCACCGGCACUCCAUGCCAGGACCUCCAACGCGACGAUGUUGCUGGCAUUACACGCGCCACCCUCGUAAAGAUCAGCACUACUUCCAUAGCUGUCGUGUUCGAAUCUCUAGUUUCACUUCUAGAAGAGCUCGGUCGCCCAUAUAAGACCUUCGCGAACCAUCCACCCCAUAUUCUCCUCUCCGAAGUCUAUGUCCUAUCGCUCGUUGCCGAUUGCUGCUGUGCUCAUCGAGAGACGCUUUGUAAAGGUAGCUCCAAUGGCGCAGCUAAGGUGUCCGGCCCUGGUCCUGUGAGUCCUGAGCCGUUGGAUGACGGGCUUGUGACGAGAGUUUUCGAGCUCUUCAAACACCUGCUCAGCCCAUUACCAGAAAACUAUACUUUGCCUGCUAGGACGCUAUUAGACGAGAAAUCUGCACGGGAGAUUUUUGACCCUCGCUUUAAAGAACCAGUGCCUAGAGCUGCUUCCUCAAGCGGUUCAGAUGAAUCUCGGGAAAGUAAGGGAACGAAGACGGAUGAUGCGGAAGACAUUGAACCAUAUAUCAAGACUAUCGUGGAAUUCGUAACCGCGUCAAACUGGUCAGCCUCCUUCGAAUAUGUGAGGGCGGUUAUUUACGGCAUCCGGGCCACAACUCCGGCACAGCAGGUUCCAACCCAGGCAAUGGCCGAGGAAGAGAAGACUUCGCUAGCCAUAUUACGCUUUAUCUCGUAUAUGUGGGUUGACGGCCAGAAGCUUGGGCUAGUCAUUCAAGAGCUGUGUUCUAGUUUCCUUCACUUUCGAAGAGCCUACCAAAAUACUGUCGCUAUCAUCACGCCGCUUCUAAUUACUAGGUGGAUUGAGCGUUAUCCUGAAGAGUUCAUCAUGUUACACUAUCAGCAUAGGAAGCUGGAUGGUGGUCCUGAUACUCUCUUCGACAUGACACAAACGAUAGCAGACUCCGCCAAAAGGCGGUCAACCAUAUACCCCUUCCAAACUUCCUUACUUAUGCUCAUUCCUGAUGUCUUCGAGGUGGCGAGCAAUUUGCGGGAGGCUAAGACCACUGGCAUGGCCAAAAAGGUAGCGUUUCUCGAAAGUCAAAGAAAGGCACUCAGGAAUAAGAAUGACGCGGCAGGAUACUGUCUCGUGAGUCUUCUCCGAGCCGUUCGCCAUUUCGACGAUGAUGGCGAUGCUACCAUUGUGAGCUAUGCUAUGGACGUUCAAGAUGAAGUCCGAGAUGCUGUCUUCCGUCGAUACCAUCCUAAUGGGGAAGGAGGCCUAUUUGACCAAGAUUUGACCACUGCCGCCUUCAUCAGUCUUAUGCAUUUGAACUUUGAAGGUUCCGUAGAAUCCCUAACGCAGGCGUGUCUGAACUCUUCUGCGCCUCAUACCUUCAAGAUCGCCUUAAUUCAGGCGUGCUCAUACUUCGCACGGCAACCUAAUGCUCAAGAUUAUCGCCGUCUAUUCACCGAGGCUGCUAGUUUCAUACAAAGCCAAUUAAAAGCCAUGUCUGCAAUUUCUGCGGAUCUAUAUACUGGCGACCGUCACUCUCAACGCAAAGCGUCCGAGACAAGCGCGUCGACGGCCACGGUGAUAUGUAACAUACUGAAGUUCCUGGACGCCUCGCCCAUAACUCUGUUUGAAGGUCCUCCAUCGGAUAGCUCUGAGGCGCAACGAUUUUAUGACGAGAUAUUUGAAGCAUUCGUCUCUUGCCUCGUAACAGCAAACGACUCUGUGAGAGCUCUCGCGAGUAGCGUAGCUAAGAAGCUACUCACUCCAGAUGGUAUUCUGUCUUCGUUGCGUAAAUCAAAACGUGUCGACUCAACCAGCUUUGGAAUCAAAUUUUGGAGACUGACAUCACUGGUACUUAUGGAAAUGUGCGAAAAGCACGAGCAACAAGAGGACGAUGCGUUACUUAGAUCUAUUCAUGGAUAUCUAGAGUCACGUUUAUUACUCCUCAGUUCAAUUCAGGAAUUGGCUGCCAUAUCCGAGGAUAUCCCAGAACGAAUAGCGACUUCUAACAUGUUAGAGACCCUCUUCCUAACCUCGCUCUGCUCUCCGGACAUAGAAACGUGCCAGUUGGUGACGUCUUGCAUCGGUCUUUUCAACGAAGAAUGCCGGAUCUUAGACUCGACCGUAGAUGCUAGCAAGACAGCAAGUUUACUGCUACGGAAUAGCGAGGUCUUCAGCGAGAUUGCAUCUCCUGACUUUAGAUUUACGGGAAUGAUGGCCUUCCAGAAACGAAUCCGAGCUCUGCUGAGGGGCAUGCAGUAUCCAAGCGUAGGGAUCCUUGAUGCUUGGGAGAGGGCGUUUGAAAAGUGGCACCACCUAUCUAAAGAUGUAUCCACGACGUCUGUGGAUGGCAUCGAUGAAAGGGGUUUCUCUAAGUGGAGGAACCUAUCCGGCUUCCUCGCGUCACUCGGCGGUAUUUGCACGGCCGAGCAAGCUUAUGUCCUUGAAGAACCUGCCGCAGGCGGUUUGAAAUGGAUUGACCGACUUUCGUCUGAAAAUCACGAGGAGCCUCUUCUCAAUAGGUACCUUCGAGUCAGCACACAGCUCCUUGCAUGUACAAACGUGCGGGUGAGGGAAACCACGCGAGAAGUACUAUCGAUUGAAAUAUCUCCAACAUUAUACCAACCUCUCUUCAAGGCGCUCGAGUCAGAACUUGAAGUGCUCUUCACUGGUGCCCUCGAACCAACUGGCUUCAAAGGACAGGAUAUCGAGAUCAUCUUUGCCGAGCAAGCAGCGUCAUUGUUGAAGGCCCUUGUGGAACGACUUCAAACGCCUUCUGAAUUGGGAGCUGCAUCAUCGGUCCAUUUCAGCUCUCUUGGGUUGAGUUUUGCAAAGUUCCUAGACGGUGUCGCCGAUAACAUAUCUAGCCUGAGAGUUAAGAUCAAGAUUUGCCAGCUAUGCGAAGCUGUCAACCGGAAAAAGGAGCACUUAAAUCUUCGCGAUGAUGUUAGGAAACGAAACCAGCUCCUUGAGUACAUUUUUAGCUGGAUUGCUAGGCCCAGAUCGCCACCAGCGGAGAGCACUUAUUCACAGACCCGCCAGGAUGAUACAGCUCGAGUCCAAAGAGACCUUGACAAGGCCUGUCUCCGUUGCCUCGCCGAACUCACUUACAGGUUACCACUUCAGCCAGGGGACGGUCAGAAUGAUGCUGGCACCAGUGAACUCAAAUCUCAGAUGUUCCGAACAUAUUUCAAUCGGUUCCUUUCACUACUCAACUACGAACCAUCGGAUAGCAUCAGGGGUGAUAUUACGACGUCCGGGUCACAUCGCGAUGAAACCGGGUCGACGUCCGAACUUGCCAUCACUAUUCUCUCUAACCUCUUAAGCGCAAAUAUCGACGUGGGCCUCAAAUACUCUCUUAGCAUAGGCUAUAAUGAAAACAUAGAAAUUCGCACAGCGUUUGUGAAGGUCCUUUAUAAUAUCUUAGUUCAAGGGACGGAAUUCAGCAACCUAUCCGAUAAGGCGGUCAAUGAGAAGUACGACGAGCUAUUAGAGCUUUUCACUCAUGACAUGAACCUGGCUGUUGCGAUUAGCUCGGUUUGUCCUAGUAGCGAAGUUGAAGAGCUUACGAUUUCGAUGCUCAACGUCUUCGAAUCCCGAGGACUGACUUUCGAGCUUAUGGAGGCGCUGAUUAAACAGGAGAUCGAAGAUACCGAGAACGAGUCGGAGAUACUCCGUCGAAACUGCGUCGCAACUAAGAUGUUGUCCAUCUAUGCAAAGUGGAAAGGGGCGAACUACCUCAAAGCCACACUACAGAAAGUGGUCGAGAGGUUGAUGUUGACCUCAAAAGACCUGGAUCUUGAGCUCGAUCCAACAAGGAUAUCCUCCCAGGAAGAGCUUCAGAAGAAUGCGCUACAACUACGGAUAGUCGCCAAAGUCUUCAUCGAUGAUAUAUGUGCAUCCUCCACCAAUAUUCCUGCCUCAUUCCGCAAAAUAUGCAGCAUAAUAUCUUCGGCAGUGAUGCCCAGAUUCCAGGAGGCCAAGUACACGGCUGUAGGAGCCUUCAUAUUUCUGAGAUUCUUCUGUCCUGCCAUUGUCGCGCCAGAAGUGGAGAACCUCGUAGAGAACCCACCGUCUAAAGAGAUGCGCCGCGGUCUGCUUCUGAUCGCCAAAGUCAUCCAGAACCUAGCAAAUAACGUCUUAUUCGGAGCAAAGGAACCGUACAUGUAUCCCCUUAACGACUUCCUGACACAAAACAUUUACCGUGUUACGACCUUUCUUCGUGAGAUAUCAGUUCCUCCAACCGCACUUGACCUUGAAACAACUCCAGCAGAUGGCGAAACGUUCGAAUUUGGCUCUUGCGUCGCUCUACACAGGUUCCUGUACGAUCACUGGGACCACGUCCGGCAGAGACUUAUGUCUCAAGAAAGGCGAGAUCAUGUUCGCUCCCCUAAUGAAUUGGCCCGUGGGCGGUCGCCAGUUCUUGAGCCACUGCGAGCUCUUAUAACCAACCUAGGACCGCCACCCUUAGCAGUUACUUGGAAUCGCCCUCAAAUAUCUGCAAAUAGCCCUCUAGCUUGCUCCAGGUUCCAGCACUUCAUGCUUCGUAAUGCUUUCAGGAGCACGGACUCCUUUUUGACAUCUCGUGCUAUUUAUGAUGGCGGCGAGAGUAGGGAUGGGCUCUCCGUCAUUUGUGUGAUUCUUCGUCAUAUGGACCAAGACUCUAUAGACUAUGAUACCCUUUUGUAUUGUUUCUUGAAGAUUGCAAGUCGGUUGUGGCACAAACCCUUUGGGAUACUCAUCGAUGCGACGUGUUAUGAUAGUCAAAAUGACCCGCCAGACGAACUAUACAAAAAGUUAGAACUUCUCAGUCCAAGCGAAUUGAACAAACAAUUAUCCAGGAUCUACAUCUAUAAUAUGAAUAGCACGUUCCGGAAAUGCUUUCGGCGUGUACUUCGCGUGGUUACUAAGAGCGAGACAAACGUGUUAAACCCAACCAAUGUCGAGUAUUUGCUUCUCGGUAGCCGCCUUGAUCUCCAGGCACAUUUUCAUCUAAGCCAGGUCCAUCUUCCAAAGGAAACCAUCAGUAUAGCCACCGAUUCCCGAUACACAUUUCAACCUGUCACCCGACUUUCGAAGACCAAAGGAAAGAUCGAGGUUACUGUCGGAGUUGGAGGCUCAUUCGUCCAAGUAACUACUGUAAAGAAGCAGGAGGUUCAUCCAAGUUUUCGCCUGAACGGAAUAGUCAACGACAUCUUUCAUCUAAAAGAUUUAGAUGAGGCACCGACUUCUAUUCCGACCGAGGACGAUUCUGCGUUUGGUUUGCGUGCGGACAACGGCAAGAUCGUGAUGUAUUUCCAGAGCACCAGGAAGGCGGAUGUACUAAAGGAAAUCCGCAGGGCCAAGGCAAUGUUGGGCAAAGACACUAGAACAAUGAAGCCAUUUGAGCGUCUUAUCCGACCGCAAGACGUUCCUGGGACGUUAUUGAACCUCGCACUGACCAACCUCGCUUCCCCCGACGCGAUGCUCCGAAUUGCAUCGUACAAUUUACUCGGUGCUCUCUGCCGGGCUUUCAAGUUCAAGGCAGCCUCUAAGUUCAUGUGCAUCAAAGAUGUCUCUGUUCCGCUAGAUCCGACCCAGUUCAUAAUUAACAUAAGCAAAGUCCUUGCCCAGGAAGAGCCGCAGCUUACCCACGACUUCCUAAACGAGUUCUUUGUCGGGUGGGAAAGUUUCUCCGAGGAGCAGAAACCGCUCAGUCUGGCUUACAUGGCACCAUGGGUACCAAGUCUUCGCACAUCGCUUUUACCUGACGAAUCCGAUAGCGAAAAGGCCAGGGAGAAGAUUGCUUCGAUCUUCCGGAAGUUAAUAGACGUAACAGUGAUGGAGCCAUCUCUUGCUCUUACCUUGGAAUACACGGUGUGGCCAGCAAUCUAUAAAGAUGAAGUCUUGUUGGACAUCUUCCUCGACGAGAUAGUCAAGGCAGCAUUGGCUUUAGGGUUGUAUGAUGAGCAUACGCAGUCUUUAACGUCGAUAGUGACGGCUAUUGGCACAAUAACCCUUCGUGGAAAGAUAAUAUCCAGGCUCCGGAAGGCGUUGAACAGAUCGUCGCUUCGGCCAACAAAGUUCCUCCAGGAAAACGCCGUUUGGAACGAGAUCUGUAUUCUGCUCCAAUUUUGCCUCUCGCUGUCGUUCGAUUGCGGUGUCCAAUCGCAGCUUUACCUUCCCGAGAUAUUUCACAUAGUCACGAUGCUGUCAAAUACAGGCACGUACGAUAUCCGGGCGCUAGUUCACCGCCUAUUGAUCAAUUCGAUUCACGCAGCUUGCACGUCUUUCAAAUUAGAGGACACGAGGUUAUCGAAGCUCCGCAGCACCCUGGAAAUAUUGUCUGAGCCAAGAAAUGACAGUCUCUCUAUCCCCUUACCCUUAGCGCGGGAUGGAACAUCUAUUUCAACAUCACAUGAGGUAGGACCGGCCCUCUCAGUCAUUGAGAAUCUAGCUACUCUAUUAUUCGAGACAUGCUCAGUCGCGGCACCAUCCGUCGACAUGGCCAACGCAUGGCGGUCAAGGUGGAUGAGUUUGGUAGCCAGCACUGCCUUCCAGAAUAACCCGGCAAUCCAACCCAGAGCCUUCACCGUAAUGGGUUGUUUAGCUCGUGAGGAAGUCGACGAUGAUCUACUCUAUCAAGUCCUCGUAGCCCUCCGCAAUAGUGUUGGUCGCUUUGGCGAUGACAGCGGCAGCGACAUGCUCGUCGCAAUAGUUACAUCUUUAUCUAAGAUGAUCGCCAAACUCACUUCAGCGUCGCGGUACGGGCCGCAGUUAUUCUGGCUAGCUAUGUCAUUAGUCCGGCUCGUGCCCGCCAGCCUAUUCAACUGCACUGCUUUGUUCCUAGAAGCCGUAUUGACGAACAUUGGAACCACAGGGGAACUAAGGAGCAACAAGAUGGUUCCAUACCUCCUACAAGGUCGCUCGCAACUAGAGGAGGCGGCACUACCCUUAGAUGAUGCGUACGGGAUUCAUUUCACUGCAGAUAGCUUUCAUUUCGCAGUCUGCGCCUGCCUUUCCCGUGGACUUACGGACCCUGUUACCAAAAUCCCGGCGCUCAGAGUCCUCUCGACAUUCCUCGAAAUGACAACAGAUAGUAGUUCUGGAGAUUCGUCGAAAAGCUUUUCAAGCGAGUUCUACGCAUCUCCCUAUCUAGCUCUCAUCCAGGCCCGAGCAAUUUCCCCUGAAGAUCUAAAAGAGUGUCUCUGGUCCGCUGGUAUAAAUCCAGUUGGUGUUGCCAACCUCGGCCCAACCCGCAGCCUACGCGAUCUAGACGCAGCGAAGGACAAGGACCUUCUGCUUAACACGGCUAUCGAGUUGGUAGACUUCCAGAUCUUAGAUGAGGCGAUUCAGACCCAUACGCUUGUGUGGCUGAAUGAGUUAGCAUCCGGAAGACCUGCUGUCGUAUUGCAUUUGUGCCCUACUAUCGCACAAUUCCUAGACGAAGUGCUGCUCCAUGGUCAGAGUUCGACGACGCUAGGGUCGGCACAUGCUUUGCUCCAGACAUUAUCUUCCAAUUCUAAGUUUACGAGCGCGUUGGACAGCAGUGGUAUGCUAAACGACAUUUUGGAGGACAUGGGGUUCGAAGGACUUUGGCGCUCGAGUUCUUUCACCCAUGCUCAAGAUCCGGAUAGGCAGUGCUCCAUAUUGACUGAGAAGCUGAUUGAGCUUAUCAUCAUUUAAAGGGGCCAAAUAUGGAGACAUCUCAACUUUCGAAAGGAGAAAAGAGGGGAUCAUUAGAUGUACAAAGAGGUAAAAGUGGAUUGGGUCAAUCAUAGGAGUAAGAUAUUCCC